AAACGGCAACACUGGUUGUGCCAUGUUUGCAACACUUGCACCAGAUUUGCAUCAGCUGUUAUAUUUAAAAAACCAUUAAAAAUGACAGCUAUUGCUGGUGGUCACGGCGAGCCCAAUCCCAAUGCUAGUUGGCUGGGUGCGCGUGGUAUGUGGUUGGCGUACACUUUGGGCGUGUUGGCAGUACAUUUGAUACUAUUGUCAGUUCCAUUCAUAAGCAUUCCAAUGGCAUGGACUAUAACAAACUUGCUGCACAAUGCCGCGCAUUUUUACUUCUUGCACAUUAUUAAGGGAGCUCCAUGGUUAAGCAUUGAAAAUGACUGUGCGCGUCGGCUAACACAUUGGGAGCAAAUCGACGAUGGUGAACAAUUUACCACAACACGUAAAUUCCUUACGGCGGUUCCCAUUAUUUUAUUCCUGCUCACCUGCAUCUAUACAAGGAAUGAUCCCGAUCACUUUAUUGCAAACUUCAUUUCCCUUGUACUAGUAACUUUGCCCAAAUUACCACAGUUCCAUGGAGUGCGUCUCUUCAACAUAAAUAAAUACUGAAUUGUCAAUUAUAAUGCCAUUCGGAGCUUUGAGAUGGUGGAAAGUGUUGUUUGUAUGAACUUUUUAUAGACUGAGUGGAUAUGAUUGGUACAUGGAUUCAAAUUAACUUUAGUGACAGGAUAUUUUAUACGAGUUUGAUAUUACAUCUUUACUGUAUAGCAAGUACAGCAGCAAUUGAGUUGAAGGAAAUGGAAGUGACAUUAAAAAUUAGAGUAAAGCAUUCUUAAACUAAAUAAGUUAAUAGUAAAAACAAAUAUUUUUAAAGCAAGCUAUCUAAAUAUAAACGAAAUCGGACUAUAAAUAUUGGUUUACCUAAUUGUCGACUCGUUUGCCACCUAUCGUUAAAAUUUGUAGUGGAGUUAUUCCUUUUAAUGAAAUUAAUAUAAGUUGUAAAUACGAACCAAAUCGGACUAUAAAUACGGGUUAUUCAAAUAUCUCGACUCUUGCGCCACCUAUCGGAUUAAUCCAUCUGUCGUAUUGCAUCGUCAUCGGGUUCUGAGUCAACUGUGAAAUUUCAAGCCCCAAGGUAUUCGGGAAGCUGGUCAAAAAUUUAUUGUAAGAUUUGCUCCUAACAAACAUAUGUACAUACAUACAGAGCAAGCUAAUUAAAAGCAUC